CUACAUGUAGUUGAACGGUUAAAUAAGAAAAAAUUCUUCAAAGCAAGAACUAAAGUAUUCAAAAACUUUCUCAUCAUUCAUCACUUCAUUACUGACUCGGAGCUGAAAAAAAACUAACAAAAUUUCUUAGACAACAAAACUAACUAACUAAGUAACUAAAGUUAGUACUGAAUCACAUGCAGUACAUUUCAAUUGAGUUGUUAAGAGCCGCCUAAACAGUGUACAUAUGUUGUGUGCAAAUUACGGAAAAACUACAAAAUAAAUUCAUACAAGAAGUAGAAGUACAUACUAGCUAGUGUUUGAAAGCAGUCAUCCAAGUGUAAAUUUGUACAAGUUGUUGUAUGAAAAUGUCUAUUUGAGUUUCAAACAUAUGGCAGCAGGCAGGCAGGCAAAGUUUGCUGUUAGUGCUGAUUCAUAUAAAAAUGCAAACUAAUCCUUUAUUCAAUGCAAAUCUAUAAGAAAUGGUGGGCCAAUUAUCAUGGCUAGCAAUGCGCUACAUAAACUACGAUCACAACAACAAUUGGUACGAUUAUCCCGAUUUACACAUCACGGCCAGACCCAUCAUGAACUAAAGCGGACUCAACGUGACACUGACUUACAUCAACCUCAAUCACAUCCUCACAGCAACCAACACAAUCAGCAAAAACGUGAAACUAAAUACGCUCGUACAAACCGUUUAACCGUUGGCGAUUAUACACAGUUGUUGACAGCUGGUCCCCGGUUAAGAUUUGAUUCAUUAGCUAUCUGGUUUCAGGUUUUGUUGAUUGUCUGCCUGUGUAAUCAUGAAGUCUUCAGCGAAGGAAAUGUUGGUUGCAAAUUUGUCCGUACCUUGUGUUUGGAAAACAGUGAAGUCUGUUUCGAUGACAACAUCUUUGGAAAAUGCAUACCAACCACUGGCGUCGAUAUGGAGGACAUUGAAAAAACCCCUCUCACGGAAGACCAAUCGCGACUACUCGCCACUAUGCUCGAGGAAUUACAGGGCGCCGGGCUAGGCUGGGAUCAUCCCUAUGUUCAGUGCCGCAUACAGGGUACACUUUUCUCAAUGCAAAGACAAACACAACUCCCACCAAACCUCUGCGCUAAUUUAGCUCCUAUACCCACUGAUUUUGAUCCGGCUGGUGCCAUGGCAUUCGUACGUUUCACUCCUGCUGAUGAAAUCUUCUCGAAUAAACUUUUCUAUCCGCCCCUAAAGAAACAAGCCCCUUCGUCGAAUGGCAUCAAUACGAUUUUCCAUCAAUUGCAAUUACAAGAUCGUCAAUUACGCAAUGAACCCUUGGAACUAACUCAAUUUGGCGAAUUCGAUAGACACCGCGAAUCUCAAAUGAAUCCUCCAAAUGUUAUGGAUGUAUUCUUAGAACAAGAACGUGAUCGCAUACAAAGAGAACAGAACCAGCGAGAGACUGAAUUGGUAAAUGAACAAAAGCAUGCUCUUAAGAAUAGCAUGGAGUUGUAUAAAAUUCUUGCGGACUCUGAACCAGAUCCCCAGCCAUUUGAACGUACUCCCGAUAGGGUUAUAGAACAACUCGAAAAUCUACCAAUGCCAGCAGGAGUUCCUGUUUAUGUACCUGAUGACCCUAACGAAACAAAUGAAUUGUACUUUCCAGACAACUUUGGUCCCUAUAAACGUACCAGUGCUCGCAAGGGUGUCGCUAAUCCCCUGCCAGAACAAAGAUCUUUUUUCCGUGAAUUGGCCGUGGAAAAAGGUUUGGAGCAACAACCUCCUUUGUUCAACAAUGUGCAGUUGCAAGAACCUUUAGAUAGUAAUGAAAUUUUAACUUUUAAACGAAGACCGGCUCCAGUUGAGGAUGAUUUACCCAAUACCCUUGACAUAGAGGAAAGUCUUUUUAGAAAUUCUUUGACACCUUUGGAAGAGGAAGCCAUGCUUUCUUCGAAUGCCUAUCCCAAAAAGUUUAAACAUCACAGACCGGAAAAGGUGUUCACCGAAGGAGGUCUUAUAUCCAUGAAUGAGGAACAGGAACUGGAAAAUGUCUACGACAAAGAGAGACGCAAGGAAAAGGCACGUGAAUUGCUGGCCAAUAUGUUGGGAUUUACGCGACACGAACGUUUGGAUGUCAAGAAACCAGGACCUCUUGUGGGGCCACCACCCUCAGCCAAAGAGGACUUGACUCGUAAGACAAAUUCAACUGAAAACAAAGAACAUUUGCCGGCUCAUAUAAAGGGCAGUAAUGAAGCGAUCAAGAAGAAGAAAGUCGUCAAGGAACAUUCAGAUGAAGAUCAUGCUCCUCACACUGUAGAUACUGAGUAUGCGCAUGUGUUUGUAAAAAACCCUAUUGACAGUUGGAGUGAUGGUGUACGCAUUAUGAAUGAAUUGGCGAAUAUUUUACAUAUGCAGGGGUACUUUACUUAUUUAACCGUUCAACCGCAUGAAGUUUCAUUCCGGGUGGACUCAAACAACCCCGAACGCAAGACCGCCACAGAUAUAGCUCGCGCUAUUAAUGAAAAUCGUGGCGUUAAGAAUAAUAUUCUACGACGCCUGGGUGUCACUGUGGUACGAGCUGGUGUUGGUGACAAAAUCAAACGUGACGAUGAUGGCGGUGUCUCUGCGGCACGCAUUGAAUUGGCCGAUCAAACACCCGAUGUAACACACAUAAUGGUCUUUAUGUUUGCUGGAGCAGGAGCUGCUGCCAUAAUUGUCAUUUUUAUUACAUUGAUCUUAAUUAAACGGCACGAUAAAAAACGAGAUAAACUAGGCGGACUUCAAUCAGGCAUAGCGGGCGCAGAGAGUUGUAGCAAAGACUAUCAAGAUCUCUGUCGUGCUCGCAUGGCCGGUAAAGGCAAUGCUGCUGAACCGGUCGCCAGUGGUCGCAUAACAUCACUGACCAAAGAAAAUGAUAGACCACCCUCGUCACGAUCUAGUACUUCAUCAUGGAGUGAAGAACCAGCUCUAACAAAUAUGGACAUUUCGACGGGUCAUAUGGUUUUGUCCUAUAUGGAGGAUCAUUUGAGAAACAAGGGUCGUUUGCAACGGGAAUGGGAAGCUUUGUGUCGCUAUGAAGCUGAACCAAGUGCCCGUGAUGCCGCCUUGCAGCCACAAUGUGCAAAUUUGAAUAGACCUGGUGCUCCACUACCCUAUGAUCACUCUCGCGUUGUACUCAAUCAUUUGGCCAAUGCUGAAGGUUUAGAUUAUGUUAAUGCUUCGACAAUUACCGAUCAUGAUCCUCGUGCCCCGGCUUAUGUGGCCGCUCAGGGACCUUUGCCUACUACCUUGGCUCACUUUUGGCAAAUGAUUUGGGAACAGGGUGCUGUUGUCAUUGUGGCCUUGUGUCGUUUACAAGAAAACGGUGAAAUUGCCUGUGCUCGUUAUUGGCCCGAAGAAGGUGCCGAGGUUUAUCACAUCUAUGAGGUUCAUUUGGUUAGUGAGCAUAUUUGGUGUGACGAUUAUCUCGUGAGAUCUUUCUAUUUGAAGAAUUUACGCACAAGUGAAACACGCACAGUAACACAAUUCCAUUUCCUAUCUUGGCCACAGGCUGGUGUACCAGCACAAGCUAAAGCCUUAUUGGAUUUCAGAAGAAAAGUCAAUAAAUCCUACCGCGGCCGUUCCUGCCCCAUUGUGGUGCACGGCAGUGGUGGUGCUGGUCGUACAGGUGCCUACAUACUACUCGAUCUCGUGUUGGGUCGCAUGAACAAGGGCGCUAGAGAAAUCGACAUAGCAGCCACUUUAGAACAUUUAAGAGACCAAAGAGCCGGCUUGGUAGCCACAAGACAACAAUUCGAAUUCGUUUUGAUGGCUGUGGCCGAAGAAGUGCAUGCGAUAUUGAAGGCCUUACCCGCGAAUACAUCUAACGAUAAGAAGGAUGUGGAACCAAGAGAAACGGGGGUUUUGAAAGAGGAGGAAGAAGCAGCGUCCGCAACAACAUCAACUGAGCCACCAGCUGCAGAGACCACAGUUAAAACGAAUGAUGAAAAAGAAAAGGAAACAGCAAGUGCUUCCGCUGGCAAAGAAAAAGAAUCUGCGAAACAAACACCGGUGAAACAAACCACAAAAACAGAAGCUAAGAAGAAGUAAAAAGGGGAAGAUUAGAAAAUUUAAUUUUUUUUGGUAUUUAUAAAUUUAAAACAAAAUGAUCGUUGAAAUGGGGAAUUUGUAAGAAAC